UAAAGGUUAACUAUUUAGUGAAAAUAUACGUGGAGUUUAAUUAUACAUUAAAAUGAAGGAAAUAAUUGAAGGAAUAAAAUCUGAAUAUUGAUGUGUAAUUAUUAAAAACGUGAGAUACACACGUAUUGUUGUGAGAGAGAAUAAGAGGCAAAGUAAGGGUGGAGGAACGUGACGCUUCAUUUGUAAAUAGCACUUAACUCAAACUCGUCUUCAUCAAAAUCCUCUCACUCUUUCUUCCACUUUUCUUUCUCUUCAUUUUCAUCGCCACUAUGUAUGCUGUCCAACCUCCAGCUCCCGAAAAUUCAUGCUAAAGCUGAUCAGUUUUUUCCUUUCGAGUAAUAUAUUUGUGAAUUUUCGUAAUUGUUUUUAGAUGUUGGGUAUAUGGGUGUGAAUGAAGAAAGAUAAGCAGAAAUCAGAUGUUUUGGGGGAAGAAGAGGAAAGGGUUUGUUGUAUAUGUGAGAAAGCGUUUAGGUCAGGUAAAGCUCUAGGAGGUCACAUGAGAAGUCACGUGAUGAAGAAGAAGAAGAAGAAGAAGAUGGAUUGUGAGAUGAUGAUGAAGAAAUGCAGUGAGUGUGGUAAGAAAUUCCCAUCGAUGAAGUCGUUGUUUGGGCACAUGAGGUGCCAUCCCGAGAGGGAUUGGAGGGGAAUCAACCCGCCCGAAUCAUUGAGGGGCUGGCCGCUCACCGCCAAGCGCCGCCGCAACCCCAAUCAUCGCCUUCGCAACGCCGUCAAUUUUCUAAUGACGCUGGCUUCGCCUCAAGUCGAGCAAAUCGGGGGAGAAUCAGUUGAGCAGUUGAAGGUAUUGAAGAAGAAGAAGAAGAGGAGAAAGAAGGUGAAGCUAUGCGAUCUCAACUUAUUGGAGAAUGAUAAAAACAACCACACCAACUUGCUAGAUUUCGACCUCAAUGAGGUGCCUCCAUCAAUUUCUUCCUGCUAAUUAUAAUUAUAAUCAUACUUAUGUUUACAUGAAUGUUAAUUUCAUAUCUCUUGACAGCUUAAUUAAUUGUUUUCUUCAUGGACAAGAUAUAUAUGAUAUGAUUAUCUCGUGUUAUUGAUUA